AUGCCGCCACACCAGACCCCAGGUCCCGGCUGCAAGAAGAGCGUGGACCUUAUUAUCUUCGCAGCUCACGUGAUUCCUGUUGUUCCGCGCAAUGUAGUGCUUGCCAAUCAUGCAAUUGUUAUCAACGAUUCUCGAAUACUAGCACUGCUGCCUCAGAAUGAGGCUCAAAAGCUCUACAUUGGCACAGUGGAGCGUCAUCUGCCGAACCACAUUGUUACCCCAGGCCUCGUAAAUCUGCACACACAUUCGGCUAUGACGCUGCUGCGGGGACUGUCUGAUGACAAGCCGCUGCAUGAUUGGCUUACGCAGGACAUUUGGCCGACUGAGAGCGCAUUCGUUAGCCCCGACUUUGUUAAGGUCGGAAUGACACUCGCUGUCGCAGAGAUGCUACGUGGCGGUACCACUUGCUGCAAUGAUAUGUAUUUUUUUCCCGACCAGAUAUGUGAAGUAUUAGAGACAACAGGCUUUCGAGGAGCAGUGGGGCAGAUCGUCAUGGAGUUUCCGGGACCAUAUGGCUCCGGACCCGACGACUAUUUGAUCAAGGCAAAACCAAAUCUUGAAAAAUUUGCUCCUGGAUGCCAUGACCUCAUCACUGUGACUAUGGCACCUCAUGCGCCGUACACAGUUUCGGACAAAAAUCUGCAGCGAGCGGAUGCAAUAGCAAAAGAGCACGAGGCUCGAAUGCACAUCCAUCUCCAUGAAACAGAAAAUGAGUGUGUAGAUAGUGAAAAGCUCAAUCGUAAGUCCAUGACCUGUCAUCAGAGUGAUCAAAAUUUGCGUCCGUUGGCAAAUUUGAAGCGAAUGGGCUUGCUGUCUGAUCGUCUCAUUUGUGCCCACAUGACACAGCUCACAACCGAAGAGAUGAAAGACAUUGCUAGUGCUGGCGCCCACGUGGUGCACUGCCCGUCAUCUAACCUUAAGUUAGCGUCGGGUAUUGCUCCAAUCACAGCCAUGCUUGAGUGUGGUGUAAACGUUGGCAUUGGCACGGAUGGUGCAGCUAGCAAUAAUUCUCUUGACAUGUUUGGGGAAAUGAAACUGGCUGCCAUCUUGGCCAAGGCCCAGACUCUGAAAAGCUUUAGUGUACCUGCUGUCGAGGCGUUGCAGAUGGCUACAUUGAACGGUGCGCGUGCACUUGGCCUUGAGAAGGACAUUGGGUCUAUUGAAGUGGGCAAGCGUGCUGACAUUAUUGCUAUCGAGUGCGAUAGUAUCGAGAUGAUUCCCAUGUACAAUGCGAUUAGUCAUAUUGUAUACGUAGCUGGUCGUGAGCAUGUAUCGGAUGUCUGGAUUAAUGGCAAACACCUGCUUGCCAACCACAAGCUCACAACCAUUGAUGAAAAGUUAUUGAAAGAGAAUGUCCUUAAAUGGACGGCUAAAAUCUGCGCUCAUCGAGAGCAGCACAGUCAUUUUGUGAAAGAAUAA